AUGAACCCACAUCCUAAGGAGCAAAAAGGAAACAGAGUAACCUUCGAGCCAUCCACUGAACGUGACUCUUGGAAGCCAAACUUAAUGGGAUUGCGGCAAUCAGAAAAAGAAGCCUAUGGGUUAAUUCUGGAAUUAAUAGAACAAGAACACAUGUCCAAGGUGGACAAGAUGAAUUUCCUCAGGGCACUGGAGACAUUGAGUGGCGCUGUGCGUGCCCAGACAAAUGGAGACAUGAAUGAUUACUAUCCUAAAACCAUUCUUGCCAAGAAAAUUGAGACAUUUCUCCUGGAAGAAUCCACUGAGAUUUUGGACAACAACGUGCGUCAGCAAGCCAUGCUCUGCACCGUAGCGCUAAGGUUCCUUUCCUGCUGUCCUUCUCACAGUCUCUGGGGCUCUGAUUCUGGGGACAUUUGGACUGCCCAAGCCUUAGAUGACAUGUUACAAGCUCUCACGAUGGACGAUUUGUGCCCCAACAUGCUAAUACUGGAAAAAUUCAUAGAGAUCAUCUUACCCUGGCUAACCCUGUCAGACAAAGUGUAUGAGAAGACCCGGGCCUUGGGUACUAUCUCCAGGCUUCUGAGAUUUGCUUGCAAUUUUCCCGAGCUGUCGAAUAUGAUGCUUUUCUCUUUGAGUGGGAAGUUGAUGGGCAUCUUGGGCCUCUUCUGCGUGCACUCUAAUGCUGAGAUCAGCACAGGGGCAUCCGAGGCUCUGCAUUACCUGUUCAAAAUACUUGUUCUUCAGAGAAGUUCGAAACAUAAGACAGAGAUCAUGCUGAAGGAGUUACAGAAGCAUUUCCGCAGGGAAUGGUUCGCCAGCAUGCAGGAUCUCACGCUGUUCUUCAGGAAGUACCUGACCCCCACAGAGAGAGCCGAUGUGAUCAUGUUAGCCAUGGAGGCCAUGACCAGUUCCAAUAGUCAUAACAUUCGUGCAGCCUCCAAGGUGUUAAGGAUGAUCCUGAAGUCAGCAAUUCCAGAAAUCAGCAAGGUGUCGGAAAUCAUCCAGUACAUUUACACUCACCUGAGCUACAUCAGGGACACCACGGCCCAGAGCACUGUGAAGAAGGUCUUCUACCUGCUGAUCCAGAGCUACCCUGACGAGGUUAUCCUGACGCUCUUUAAGAUGCAGGACCAGUCGCAGAAGGGGAUAUGCAAACCCUGGGAGAUCCUGGCAUCAUUCCCAAAAGGCUACGAAGUGGUCAUGGAGUAUUUGCUGCAGAGGCUGACUCCACACCUUGCACCCAAGGAGCAGAAGCCCAGCCACGGGACAGAGCUCUCCCCGCUGAUUGCCACUAGAGCCAUCUAUGAGUUGCUGCUGGAGCCAAGCCGGAGGUUGGAGGUCCAGACCUUCUUCGCCUCCCUCUUUAUAGGGCUGCUGUUCCGGCUCUCCUCCCUCAUGGUUGAAGAGAGAGCUGAAACCACUCAGGAUCGGCCACGCUUAACUGAAUGGGUGGAACCUGUCAGUUUUGUCAUUAAGGCCCUGAAGAUCUUGAUGAGCCACUCUGGGUAUGAGGUCCUGGAAUGUUACAUCCAGAAACUUGGGGCCUGGGAGCUGCUUGUCAGUCCUGAAACACACUAUGAAGGAGUCAGUCUGCUUGCCAGUUGCCUGGUUACCAAAAACUGUUGGCACAACCGCCCCAUCUUCAGCAUCCUCAUCAAGACCCUUCAGGACCUAGACUUCGCCAAUCACUUGACAGCCCUGGUGUUCCUGACCGAGCUGCUCCAGUGUCCAGAUGUGUCAGACACCGUGGAUGAAAUUGCCACCCACAUUUUGGCAAAUUGGUUCAAGUGUGAGGAACUAGUCACCGUGAAGCUGUUGCUGCACCUGACAGAGGUCUUUGCAAAGCCCAAGAACUUGGUGAGGCGGCUCCACAUCCUGCAGCCCCAUGUGCUGAGCUGGUGUUACUCCUCCAACAGAGACGUUGUCAUGGAGACCUUCCUGACGCUACAUAACCUCCUCCAAGACCUAACCUGGCAGCACUCCUCUUCCUUCCUCAUUCAGAUCACCUUCACACUGGCAUCCUUCUUUGAAGAGGAGUCAGAGGAUCUGCGCUUGUUGGUUUUCCAGAUCUAUGGAAAUCUCCUGGCCAAGGUGACAAGAAGGGUAUUUGUCUUUCCCUUGAGGCACCAGGUCCUUGACUUGGUAGUCAUGCUUGUGCUGCACCUGAAGGAUGAGAACACGGACGUGGGUCAGGUGAGAGGCCAGGCCUUGGAGCCUGUGUUCAGACUCAGUUCCCACGGGAGCUUCAUCCCACUUGUGUGACCCUUGUCUCCCCAGAUCUGCCGGCUCAGCCUCUACUACACAGCCUCCAUCCUGGGCUGGUCAAAGCUCAAAGCAGUCUUCAUCAAGAAGGAUGUGUUCAUUAUCCUUGGGGCCCUGCUGCAGCAGAAGAGGAACAAAGCCCUCUGGUUUCUGAAGCAGUGUGUGGGCCUCUUCAAGAGUCCACAGGUCCACAUCCGCCAGGCAGCUGUGUGGUUUGCAGGCCAGAUCCUCCAGACCCUCAACUUGGAAGAGAGAGAUGAAAUUGAGGAAGCAUAUUUGGCCCUCAGGUCCAUGCAGAGAGACCCUGACUCCAUGGUCAGCUGCCUCUCCACACAGAUCUUCUACAUCCUGAAUGCUAGGGAGAAGCUGCUACAGGUCAAGACCCCAACCUCCUGCCUCUGCUGGAAGAGGCCCCUAAGGUGGUACUUCUGA